AUGCCGUCCCAGCUGGGACCUGUCCUCGGACGGAGUUCCUACAUCGAUGACAUUGCGCAUGGGGCACCCACCUGGGAUCAGUUGUGUGAGGACCUGAAUGCGCUGGUAUUCCGGUUCCGCUAUUGGAACAUCCCUGUAACAAGCCUGCCCAAGAGUGAGUUCGGGAAGCUGAGUAUCCCGUAUCUCUCCCACGAGACCAGUGCCGAAGGACUGCGCGCGACUCCGAAGAUCGCGAAGGGCUCGUUCCUCGGGAGCCUCAACUACUAUCACAAGUUCAUUGAGGAUUUCCCGGUUGUGGCUGUAGUCCUGUACGAGCUUACGGAUGAACAAGUGAAGUCUUGCGCUAAGUUCGACUGA